CUUUCCUUAGUGCAGCUGGCCACUACCGAUAACGCAAAUGGACGUGGGCUGCGUUUGGAGNUUUGGAAGGUAAGGAAAUUUGUUUGUGUACAAGCAUCCGUUGCACGUGGCGCCCAAUGGUCGGGUAGACGUUGCUGCGCUUUGGGCUUGUCGCCGCGUUGCCGCAAUGCCUGCGCCACAUCAGAAUCGACGGCGCAACCACAACUAAUCAACGCGUGCCGUCAAAGUGAUGAGCAACAUAUGUUUGCUUGUUUUGAACAUCAGGAGGCUGGCGAUCGUUGUUGUAGUACGGCGCGCACUUCGGAAUGCCUACAGGCCUGUCGCGAUGUCUUUGAACCGCAUGCCACACACAAACGCAACGGCCACCACCGACUGCGCGAGAUGUGCCACGAGGAACGCGAGGCCGAGCUGCUGCAAUGCGUACACAACAUAACGGGCAUGACGCCGGUGACAAACUCCCACAAAUAUCUGCCCUGCUGUGAGUUCUCCAGCGUAGACAGCUGUCGGCGCACCUGUCGCUCGGCGUUGAAUAGCACCGAAAGCAUAGACAUAAUUAUUG